CUUCAAAGAAAACAGAGUAGAAUCAUCCAGCAGAACGACUUCGACGACGAGGCCUGCGCGAGCAGCGCCACCAGCAAACCCUUAGGUACUAACUAACAUAACAGGUAAUUUAAUGAUUCAAUGAUCUAAAACCGGCAUCGAGAAUAUUUUCGCACCCGUAUUCUCUUCUUUCUAGCGUGUCAAAGCUACAAGAGUGAUCAGUCAAAGAAGCAAUUCGGUACCCAAUUCUCGAGGCAACAACCAGUCAAUCCCUCUAUAUUCUCGACUUCAAGACACAAAGAUACUACAUAGAUCUAGACAAAAUGUCUUUCACCACGGCGAAGACCGCCAUUAUCACCCCCAAAAAAUCUACACCCGCGACACCCCCAGUAACCGACAGCCCGGGCACGUGGCGACACCCGCGUCUACCAGAGAUUAUCCGACGACAAGAUGCUACCAACUUCACCGAGAAGAAUGUGAAGCGCAUCAUCAUCAAUGUCGUCGUGUUCAUAGCUAUCAUCUUCACACACACCAUGCUCUCCCGAAUGCUGUCCAAGAAAUGGUUCAGUUACCUCGUGUGGUAUUACUCACGAUACGCGUACUUGGCGGCCCUCUCUAUUCCGAUCUUCAACGUCGGCACCAACCUUCUCCCUCUCUUUCGACGCAAGGAUGACUUCUCCGACAUCCCUUUAACACCCGGCCAACGACGAUUACUUGGCCUACCACCUACCAACGCGCCACCCACGCCGGGAUCCGCGUAUAGCACACCUCCACGCUACGCCAGAACCCCUUCGAUCUCCGGAUCCGCAGGCAGCAGACGCAGCUUCUCAGGUUCGCCCGCCUCUAACAACGGCAGCCCUACCCGAGGAAGCUUGAACGGAAGCGGUCCAUUUGGCGGAAGUGGAGGUCUCGGUGGAUUAGCAUCGCCUAACAGUCCCUUGCUACAGAAGGCCAUGAACGGCGCGCGCCGCUCCUCGAUAGGAUCGCUUGGAUCGGGCAGUCCCUUGGGUGUUAGCAUUUUGGGCGCCAGCACGGGAUCGUUCUACGGAGGAGCUCCGGAUAGCCCGAGCCCUGCGUCGGGAGGAAAGCGAAGCACUGUUGGACUGAACAGCAAGUGGCUUUACGAGCGCGGACGGGAUCGUAGAAGCUCGUCUGGAAAUGCUUGGCUAUACACCUGAUGAUGGUAUACGCUGUGUACGAUAUUGGGACGCGUACCGUUAGUACGCUUAUGAGGAUUGCCUGCAUUCAUGAUAAUCAUUAUAGAGGAUAAUAAGAACAGAAUUAAUACAACACGGAAUGUUUUCGG